AUGCGUAAUCAUGGGGAAAAAGGAAGAGGGAAUGUUCUGAUUAAGGCCAUAUUGUUGGGUCUCAUAAGCAUUGUGUGUGUGAGUGGUACAAAUAUAAAUUACAAAGAAGCCCUAACCAAAUCUCUAAUCUUCUUGGAGGCUCAAAGAUCAGGCAAACUCCCUUCAAACAAUAGGGUUCCUUGGAGAGGUGAUUCUGCUCUUGAUGAUGGCAAACUCGCUAAUGUCGAUUUGGCGGGAGGGUACUAUGACGCAGGAGACAAUGUGAAGUAUGGUCUGCCAAUGGCGUUCACAAUCACGACGCUGGCUUGGUCGACGAUUUCCUACGAGAAAGAACUUCGUGCCGCAGGAGAGCUCGAAAACGCCCGUGCCGCUAUCCGUUGGGGCACUGAUUAUUUUCUCAAAUGUGCUUCUCGCAAGAACCGCCUCUAUGUUCAGGUUGGUGAUCCACAUGUGGAUCACAAGUGUUGGGCGAGGCCUGAGAACAUGCAAACACCAAGAACGGUAUUGCAGAUAAGUGAUAAAGAUCCUGGGACAGAGAUCGCGGCCGAGACUGCCGCUGCAUUCGCUGCUUCCUCUAUCGUUUUCCGCCGCGUCGACCACAAAUACUCCCGCCGGCUCUUAAACAAAGCCAAACUGCUCUUCAAGCUAGCCAAGAGCCACAAGGGUACAUACGAUGGAGAAUGCCCUUUUUAUUGUUCUUGCUCGGGUUACAACGACGAGUUGCUGUGGGCGGCAACAUGGCUAUACAAGGCAACGAGGAAAGAGGUGUACCUUAGCUACCUCAAAUUUGAAGCCAUAAGUGGUUACGUCGCUGAGUUUAGCUGGGAUCUCAAAUAUGCUGGUGCGCAGAUGCUCAUUUCCUUACCACCAAGUCUUCAAUACCCCAGGUUCUAUGUCCAUAUAGUAACAUACAUAUUUAGAAACAUGUUUAUAUAUGAAUUUAAACCGUUAUAUUCUUGGUGUAUAAUAGGUGGUAUGAUUCACUUGAGGGAUGGAGCCAACACUCAGUAUGUCACCGCAACUGCCUUCUUGUUCUCGUCCUACGCCGAUAUUCUCCAGAAAUAUAACCAGAAGAUCUUUUGCGGAAGCACGCAAUUCGAUUCAGCACAUCUCAUGGCUUUCGCCAAAAAACAAAUUGACUACAUACUAGGGCAUAACCCAAAAGGAAGGUCGUAUAUGGUUGGGUUCGGACCAAACCCCCCAAAGCAAGCCCACCACAGAGGAGCCUCAGUGCCAAUAUCUGAAGCCAAUGCGCCGUUAAGCUGUCCAUUGAGCUUUGUGAAAUGGUUCAACAAGAACCAGCCUAAUGCUAACGAGCUGACCGGAGCCAUCUUGGGAGGACCUGACCGUCAAGAUAAUUUCCAAGAUUUUCGGUGGACCUCCGUUUACACGGAACCUUGCACCUACAUCAACUCUAUCGCCGUGGGUAUUCUUGCGAAGCUUGCCGCCACGGCUUAGAGCCAUAUAUACCACUUUUGAUGAGGACACUUUGAUGAAAAGUAUUAUUAAAGUGUUUCCUUUACCUAAUAUAUUUGCAGACACAUGUGGCCACACAAUGUGACUCAUUUUCAUUAUUUUCCCUUUGUAGGUUGCCGUUUGGAAAUAUCAUUUUCCAAAAUAUAAAAUUGCAUGGGUGUAAUAAUAAGGCCUGGUGAUUUGAAAACCA